AUGUCAACUGAUCACGAAAAUCCACUUAUGAGGCUGCAGGAGGCCGGAUGUGUUGCUUGGGACGCGUAUGGGGAAGUGCACGUGGCUUUGAUUAUCUUGUGUUAUCAGAUUGUCUGGCUCGGCUGGAAUUCCGUCGUUUCCAAGAUUGCAGAUAUUCCGGCGAAGGCCAAUAUUCUCGUCCGACAUGACACGAAGGCGUUGCUUUGCCAAAUCUUGGUUCCUCGCGACCGUGUUGAUUUUGAAAGGGUUAUCAUCGAACGUGCCGUGAUCUACCAGGAAGUCUGGGAAGGAUUGGUGCAGAGGUUCGACUGGGGAAUCGGCCUCAUUUGGGUCCGGUAUGAUGAGAACUGA